AUGUAUGUCCACACAUUCUGACACUACAUCAUACCUAUAGGUAAAGUUAGCAAUGAUUUAUAGCAUGACCAUGGCCUUGGAAGGGGAUUUGGAGGAUGUUCAAACAAGUUCCGAUUUGAUUAUUGGAUCCUUCUGCCAUUCCGGAGCCUGAUGGCAUCUAUAGCAGACAACAGCUAGAUAGCCUUGAACCUGAUCACUUCCUUUGACUUAUAGGAUAUUUCUGUUGACCUAAACAAGUACACCUGUGUACCUGUGGAAUGGAAUGAUUUUUGAACACAUAGCUGAUAUUCAUCUGAGAGUGUCACACAGCCAGUCUCUAUAGGUGUUGGGAUAUGAUAUCUCAGGGUGGCCCAGCUGAAAGCCUGAACGCUCGCCACAUCAGUACAGAUCUGUUUGACUACAUACAGAAGAGAAGCUAUGGCCUGCAGUGUCGAAACCCUCAGCCGCUGGUGUCUGAUCUCAUCUCAUAUCAGAUGCCUGGCCUCUUUACAGAGCGCGAGUAUGACCUGGGUGGAAUCAACAAGAUAUUUGCCUCUCAGUGGCUCUCCGACAAACAGAUUGUUUUUGGCACAAAAUGUAACAAGCUGGAGAUCCUGGACUUGCCCACUGGUAAGCUGAUUGUCAUCCCCACCCUGAAGAGCAGUGAGGAGAGUUUCCCAGCUGACUGUCCAUGUGGCAUCCACAGCAUGGCCAUCAACCCCUCCCGUACCCUGCUGGCUACAGGGGCGGAGAACACCAAUGACCUGGCUGUCUACAGACUCCCAACGUUUGACCCUGUCUGUGUAGGGGAGGGUGGCCAUGAUGACUGGAUAUUUGACACAGUCUGGGUAGAUGAUGAGUUUGUUGUGACAGGUUCUCGAGACAGUAAGCUGUCAUUGUGGAAGAUACACAGCAAUGAGGACAGCGAGACGUCUCGUCUGAAGAGCCUGCAGGUGCCAGAGUACAUCAUCAAGAGGCCAGAGGUGAUCAAGACCUGUGAGAAGGCGAAGAAAGUGCGGGCUCUUGCAUACAAUGACAGGAGAACUGAGUUAGGAAUUUUAUCCCUGAAUGCUUACCUACAUCUGUGGGAUGUGGAGACCUUUUCCAGUCGAGACUACAAACGACUCCAACAAGUGAAGGAGAAUGUGUGUUUAGCGAUAAACAAGGAUCGCAGCCUGUAUGCUGUGGGCUCUCAGUCCCAUGUCACUCUGUUUGACCCUCGGGCUAUGAACAUUAGCGUGGUGAUCCAGUCAGAGCACAGGGGAUGUGGUAUUCGGUCGUUGAGUUUCCAAGAAGACAUUGUGACAGUAGGGACAGGUGUAGGACUGAUUCUGUUCUAUGACUUAAGAGCAGGAAAGUACCUGGACUGCCACUGUGGUCAUCCAUGCAGACUGACUGUGGGUCCGGGCUGGCUGCUCCAUGAUGAAAACUACACAGAUUUCUUUAUGGAUCAAGUGUAUGCAAAUGCCAUCUACACGCAUUCAUACGACUCCACGGGAACGCGUCUAUUUGCUGCAGGCGGCCCUCUGCCAGCUGGACUGUGGGGGAACUAUGCAGGGUUGUGGACAUGAACAGAGACUUUCUUACUGCUUUUGGCAAACAACUGUCUGCAUCUAGUGGUUGCAUUAGUUCUGUCAGCAGACUACUAAAUAACCCAUAUAUGAACUUUAUUAUGACAAAUAAUGCCUUUAGUCUUUCAAAAAAUCCAUUUUACCAUAUUUUGACAUUGCUGCGGAUUUCUGAAGUGUCAGCAUUAUUUGAUUUUUGUGCUUUGUCUGGAUGUGCCAUACCUUGUUGUUACAGUGUACAGCUGUGCUGUAGUCAGUUUGAUAACCUCUCCAUACAUUAAUCAGCUGGCUGGCAUGGCUUGGUUUUCUCUAACUCACAUAUUCAUUUCCUAUUAAGAAAAUUUCUGUGUACAUGUACCACAAAAACUAGUCUGGACAUUGGUGUGUUACACAUUACUUACAGGUUAUCAUUGACAUGUAUUAUAUGUACAUGUAUCAUAGCAAAUUACCAUUGCUGCAUGUCAGUCAAGUCAAAUAGUAUGUGUAUGAAAUAGGAAAGGCUUGACCAACAAGUCAAGGUUGAUUUCAUGGCAGGCAAAUGGGGAGAUUGUGGUAAUCCUGUUUGCGUAAGACACACGCGGCAUGAAGUCUGGCUUGUCAGCAUCCAUGUGAUGAGAGAAUGUGUUCAACAACAAGCUAUUGGCAAGCCAGCAUAGCAGUGUGCGCGUACCUGUACGUGUUUAUUUGUUGCACAGUGUAAGUUUGUAUAACAUUGUGAAGUAAGAGUUGUCCGUGACAUGCAUGUAGUAUGUUUGUAUAAGUGUACACUAGUCAACUGCAGGGGAUUUGCUGUAUUGUAAAGUUCUCUUCUGGUGUCUUCUAGUUGGUAGAGCAUCCGCUUCGGGACCGGUAGAUCCAGGAUCAAUCCUUGAUCGAGUCACACCUAAGACUUUAAAAGAGGAAGUUGUAACUUCCUCGCUUGGCGUUCAGCAUGAAGGGGAUAAUGCGACUGGUUGACCCAUAUCAGUAUAAUGGCUCAGGCGGGGCGGCUUACUUGCCUUCAGUAAGUCGUCUCAGUGAAGCAGCACUAAAUAAAAGAGCGGUGGAAACCCGUCCUGCAACAAGGGAGGCACAUUACACGUACAUGCACCCUAAUGAUUCCUUCGUCGUCAUAUGACUGAAAAAUUGUUGAGUACGACGUUAAACCCCAAGCACUCACUCACUCACUCUGGUGUCUUCUUGCUGAUCACUAGUGCCCUGAGACUAGUAGUGGCUUGUUGUGGAAUAGAUCUGGCUUUUUGCCUGGACAGUCUUGACUCUCAGUUACAUUUGUGCAUCACUAAUGCUCACUGUAGAGUUGAGCCUUGGUUUAGUACACUGGUAAAUGAGAAAGUUUCUAGCUGGUCAUUAGAAUUAGUGGUUUGGAAUAUCAGUUCAAAGUUGUCAUGUGCAGGUGAAUACAUAUUGAGAUAAUGAACAUGUAGAAUGUUAAUUAAUGACUCACAUAUGAUUAUUUUGUGGCAUCGGGGACUCAGUGGCAAGGUAAACUGUUGAGCAGUGGAAUUGCAUCAGUUGGACAGAUCAGAUUGCCUUUCCUGUAGUCUUAAUGUAUGUAUACAACCAACAGUGCUGCUAUCUCACAUACAACCACUAUAAAAUACACUUGAGUUUGGGUUAAAACACCAGAUAUCAAAUGUACCAUUUUAGAUGCUGAGUUGUCAAAAAUAUUGCGUUGCAGCCCGUUUAUUCUUGGCCUUGUGUGGGACUACGACCCUGUAUUGUAUCAUACAAACCAGCUGCAAGGUUUUCAGCUCUUAGCAAUCUUCACUCUACUUUUAAAUUUUCUUAUCUAGGCUAUUUAAUUGUAAACAGUUUUAUCUCUUAAUUAAUGUGUUGACUUUUAAUGUAUAUGAUUUUGUGGUCCCAGUUUUAUUUCAUUGUACCCGGUUUUGAGAAAGCUAAUGUUAUAGACUGUGUUCAGUACUUGUGUCAGGUCAUUAUUUUACACGCUAGGUUUGUAGAGGGCGAUAUUAUCAGCUGUGCUUAACCUGGUAACGUUUCAUUAUGUCGUGUUAAUUACAGUGUUAGUACUUCUGGUCAUGCAGCAUUUCCUUAUAGAUUUUUCAUUUCUGAAGAUACAAAUGUGUGGGGGCUGGCCAUUAAGAAAUGUACACGUUAGGCCAGACGUAAAUGAAAUACCAAUCUCAUUCUGAUAUACUUACACAUGUAUGCCGAUAACUUGGAAGAACUCCUGAUGAGUAAGGAGAGAAACUUUUCACUUUUUUUUUCAUUUGGGGCAGUAGUAUAGCACUCUCAAUCUCCACACACCAAUGUUUUGCUCUCUGAGAUCUUACCAUAUAAUCAUGUACAUAUGUAAAUAGGUAUAUACCAAAUAAGGUAGCUAGGUCUCAAUAUGAAAUAUAGCUGUGUAAACAUGUACAUAAUUGUCCUAUUGUUGGGCCUUGUCCAAUAUGGUUCCUCCCAGGUGCACACUGUUGGAAAAGGCAGGCUGCACACCAGUCCCAACCAAAAAACCCAAGUUUGACGGUGAACCAUGUUAGGACAGGGUAAAUCCCAAAGGGUUUUUUGGGGGUUUGGAGUGGCUGCAAAAGUGUUUUUGUGCAUGUCACUUUUACUCCUCUGUAAUAGUGAGACAUCAGGGCGAUAUGUGGUUCUUGAAAGUUGUAUACAAAUACAUGUACAGAAUAGCCAUAUUGUGUAUAUAGUUAGCUGCAUAUCUGGCUUAAGUUGGCCACGUUACAUGUUCUGUUUCUCAAAGCUGUCCACUACUCAGAUAGUUUACUGUACAGAAUAAAACAUUUGACAGUUACAACUGUAGCUGAAGGCU